GACCUCUUGUCAAACUGACAAAACAAUUGGCUACAAACGUACAAGAAGUCAGGUAGGAGAACCUGGCUCUCCAAGGAGAGGUCUCCAUCAUCAUAUAGAAGGGUGUACCUGCAACAAGGGCCAUGAUAAAGGACAUGGGCUGAAGACAGGCUCGGGUGAAUCAACCAAACGGACAAAGACACUCUGGCACCAGACAAGGGAGACACAGACUAUUUAACCACAUGGAGGGUAAUGGGGCACAGGUGGAGACAAUCAGGAAUCAGGGCCAACUCACAGGUGACACAUGAGGACGGGCAAGUGCUCUGAAACAAGAGGACAGUCCCCCUGAGGAUCGGCGCCGUGGUGAAGUGGUUCUUGAGGUUUUGGAAGGCAGCCCCCGCCUCUGGUGACCAGGAGAAUCACACAUUCGAGGAGAUUAUAGAUAAUGGGCUGUGUGCAAUGCAAGGAUAAAGAAGCUACCAAACUCACAGACGACAGAGACGCCGGCAUCUCGCAGGGCGCAGGCUACCGUUAUGGGGCCGACCCCACACCGCAGCACUACCCCAGCUUUGGGGUCACGGCUAUCCCCAACUACAACAACUUCCACACGCCUGUCGGACCGGGGAUGACAGUUUUUGGUGGAGUCAGCACUUCCUCUAACACCGGGACCCUCAGGACACGUGGUGGGACAGGAGUCACCCUCUUUGUGGCACUUUAUGACUACGAAGCAAGGACAGAAGAUGACCUCAGUUUCAGAAAAGGAGAACGGUUCCAGAUUAUCAACAGCACUGAAGGGGACUGGUGGGAUGCUCGCUCGCUCACCACUGGUGGCAGUGGCUACAUUCCCAGUAAUUACGUUGCUCCGGUGGAUUCCAUCCAGGCUGAGGAUUGGUACUUUGGUAAACUGGGCCGAAAGGAGGCUGAGAGACAGUUGCUCUCCACUGGGAACCCACGGGGUACUUUCCUCAUCCGGGAGAGUGAAACCACAAAGGGUGCCUUUUCCUUGUCCAUACGGGACUGGGAUGACGCGAAAGGCGACCAUGUCAAACAUUAUAAGAUCCGCAAACUGGACAGUGGCGGCUACUACAUCACCACCAGGGCUCAGUUCGACUCCCUGCAGCAGCUGGUUCAGCAUUAUUCGGACCGAGCCGCCGGUCUCUGCUGUCGCUUGGUGGUGCCCUGCCAUAAAGGGAUGCCGCGUCUCGCUGACCUGUCGGUCAAAACCAAAGAUGUGUGGGAGAUCCCCCGGGAGUCACUGCAGCUGAUAAAACGUCUUGGGAAUGGGCAGUUUGGGGAAGUCUGGAUGGAGAGUGCGGAUGCAUUGUGCUUUAAAUUAACGGGCAUGUGUGUGAACUACAACCCUGACACUGUGGGCUUGAGUCAUGAUGCCUGGGAGAUCAGCAGAGACGCACUUGAAUUGGAGUUAAAGCUGGGCACAGGAUGUUUUGCCGAGGUUUUUUACGGAACAUGGAACGGCACCACCGGAGUAGCAGUGAAGACUCUGAAGCCUGGAACCAUGUCCCCUGAGUCCUUCCUGGAGGAGGCUCAGAUCAUGAAGAAACUCCGACAUGACAAGUUGGUGCAGCUGUACGCUGUCGUGUCUGAGGAGCCUAUUUACAUCGUCACGGAGUACAUGGGCAAAGGAAGUCUACUGGACUUCUUGAAGGAUGGAGAAGGGCGAGGGUUGAAGCUGCCCAACCUUGUGGACAUGGCGGCGCAGGUGGCAGCGGGUAUGGCUUACAUCGAGAGGAUGAAUUACAUCCACAGAGACCUGCGCUCCGCCAACAUCCUGGUGGGAGAUAACCUGGUGUGUAAGAUCGCCGACUUUGGGCUCGCCAGACUCAUCGAAGACAACGAAUACACAGCUCGGCAAGGUGCCAAGUUCCCCAUCAAGUGGACGGCCCCGGAGGCCGCACUGUACGGGAAGUUUACCAUCAAGUCGGACGUUUGGUCAUUUGGCAUCUUGCUGACAGAGCUGGUAACCAAGGGUCGAGUGCCUUACCCAGGCAUGAACAACCGCGAGGUGCUGGAACAGGUGGAUCGAGGCUACAGGAUGCCGUGCCCCCAGGACUGCCCCAUCUCCCUGCAUGAGCUGAUGUUGCAGUGCUGGAAGAAAGACGCGGAGGAGCGGCCCACCUUCGAGUACCUGCAGGCCUUCUUGGAGGACUACUUCACAGCCACCGAGCCUCAGUACCAGCCUGGAGACAACCUCUAAACGUUCUUCCUCUCUGCCUCUAGGCUGGAGCUGGAUGCAAAAAAAAAAAAAGACAAACUGGAAACUUCCUGGACUUGCCACUGUUUUACUUUUGGGGGGGGGGUGGGGGUCUGCAAAGCUUCCUCCGCUCAACGUGAUCAUUUCAUUUCCUACGCCAUCCCAUCGUGUGAACUUUGCGACAUGAUGAUAACAGGUAAGUGUGGAGAAUGGGUUUGGAUAAUGCAA